AUGGAGGAUGGACGUGACCCCAACGCUUCCUUGGAGGUGGAACGGAAAAAUUCUUUCCUGGGCCAGCGAUCCAAGACAGAGACAGCUCUUCUAGAAUUCAACUCGAGGACCAACCACCACGAUAGAGAUCUACUGGUGAUAGACAAGAAGCAGUGGGGGGAGUCAAGGGCAUGUCAGCUCCUUCGAGUUCCAAUACUGCGCAGAUUUUCUCACCCACCAGCGAAAUGGAUUCGAUUCGAUACAGAAACGACUGUAAACCAAAUAAGUCCAACUUCGAGUUUCGAUCGUCGAUCGUCCGCCAACCUCCGAACCCUGCCGGCGUUAUCGCGUCGAAUCCCUGGAGCCGACUCCAGUGUUUUCUACACUCCAGAGCCGAUCGGAACUUACAAGGGUUGGGAACAACGUGAACAGGUCUGGACCGAGAACGAUGGGCUGUUUGUUGGCGUACUGGAACCGAUUUCCACAGGCUUGCGAAAGAGGGAAGAGACGGUUCGCACAACAGAAUUGUAG